AUGGUGUUAUUGGUAACCCUGGGCAUUAUUGCCAUGGCAGUAUGCCAGGCCGCUGCUAAGACACAUACAUUCUUCUACGAGACAAAGUGGAUCACAGCAAAUCCAGACGGUGUGAAGGAGCGUCGAGUCAUCUCGUUUAACGGAAGCUGGCCUUUGCCCACCAUCGAGGUCAACAAGGGCGAUUCUGUGCAACUGCAUCUGAUCAACGGGCUCGACGUCUCGACCUCUUUACACUUCCAUGGUCUGCUUCAGAAUGGCUCUAACCACAUGGACGGGCCCGUUGCCGUCACUCAAUGUCCGAUACCUCCUGGCGAGUCUUUUCUCUACGAGUUCACGGUGGAUCAGGUGGGAACGUAUUGGUACCACAGCCACAGCGGGUCGCAGUACAGCGAUGGAUUACGUGGGUUAUUUAUUGUUCAUGAUAAAGAGGUGGAAUCCAACUACAAGUUCGACAAAGAGCUCGUUUUCUCUCUGAGUGACUGGUAUCAUGACUCAAGUGAGGUCUUGGUUCAAAAACAGCUUUCUCUAUAUAAUCCCACGGGAGCCGAGCCAAUCCCCCAGAACACGCUUAUAAACGACACCAAGAACAUCACCUUCGAGGUGGAGCCCGACACCACGUAUCUGAUCCGAAUUGCCAAUAUUGGAAUCAUGUCGUCGCAGUACCUAUUUUUCGAAGAUCACGAUAUCGACAUCAUCGAGGUGGACGGCGUCUACCUUCAUCCUGCCAGGGCCUCCAUGAUAUACCUGGCCGUGGGCCAAAGAAUGAGUGUUUUGCUGAAGACCAAGUCCUCUGCAUCCAGAAACUUUGGUAUCGUCCAUGCGCUGGACAUCUCCAUGCUGGACGCCCUGCCGGCUGAUCUGCAGUAUGUGUCUGUCAACCAGCUUGUUUACGACAAGAGCUUGCCGGACGCAACGCUGAAAAAAGAAUGGCUGGACAUUGACUCGUAUUCUCCAUUUGACGACUUCGAGCUGCGUCCCCUGGACGACGAGCCUCUGCUUCCAGACCCAGACCACCGCAUAGAAGUUGUUUUGCACAUGGAGAACUUGGGAGACGGUGUCAACUAUGCAUUUUUCAACAACUACACCUAUGUUGCUCCCAAAGUGCCGACUCUGCUUACGGCACUCACUGCUCCUAAGGAGUACGUCUCGAACGCCAGAAUAUACGGAUCCAACACAAACUCGUUUGUGCUCAACUACGGAGACGUUGUGGAGCUCGUGGUGAACAACGAGGAUGACAACAAGCAUCCUUUCCACCUGCACGGCCACCAGUUCCAGACCAUAGUCAGAUCCGACCAAUACGACGAUCCCCACCACUACGACCCCGACGCAGAGACAGACUUGCCUGAAAUCCCCGUUCGCAGAGAUACAAUGAUUGUGGAAGGCAAUGGACACAUGGUGCUGCGCUUCGAGGCCAAAAACCCAGGUAUCUGGUUCUUCCACUGCCAUCUGGACUUCCAUCUUGAGCAGGGCCUUGCCUUGACGCUCAUCGAAGCUCCUUUAGAGCUCCAGGAGCAGUUUGCGUCGAAAGAGCUGCCUGAAUACUUUUUGCAUGCUUGCAAAGCUUCCGAGACUCCUUAUAAAGGCAAUGCUGCUGCCAACACCAAGCACUGGCUGGACCUGACCGGAGAAAACGUGCAGCCACCGCCUUUGCCGGACGGGUUCACGUUCAAGGGCUAUGUGGCGCUGGCCGCGUGCACGGUCGUCGCGCUCUACGGCCUGAAGUGUAUUUAUUCGUACGGUAUGGGAGACUUGAACAAGUCCGAGAACGUGGCAGCAGACGAGCGCAGAAUGAUCCGGAAACUGAUGCUGAAGCUAAACGAAGAGCAGCGGGAAAUGCUGAGCUCGUCGACCUCGACGGUCAAGAAAAGAGAGGAGAUGCGCCAGAUGAUCGAGGAGCUCGAGGAGCUCGAUAAACGGUUCCGCGAGCUCGAGUAG